AUGACACUAAUCAAUGACUUGCGUAGGUUUGUUUGGAUAGCUAAAAGAAAUACUCGUUCACCUGCUGAUGGCUUAUCUCAUGACGAAUCUGCUGCCAUUCAUCUCUACACAAUGGAAUGGACGCCAUCUGGCAAUAGUCUCUAUGCGAUACUCAAUCGUACGCUUCGUGCUUCCAAUCGAUCUCAAUUGACGAUGAAACCAUGGUUCAAAUAUCUUAAAUUAUUUCUAACUGCAUUAGCAAAACUACCUGCAUUGUCUUCUUCUUCACAGUCGCGGAUUGUUUGGCGUGGAGUGAAACUGAACAUUAGUGAACUAUAUGUAAAAGACUCUUAUAUUACCUGGUGGUCAUUUUCUUCAUGCACAAAAUCACUUAGUCUACUUGAAUCAAAUAUGUAUUUGGGUCAAACAGGUGAUCGAACAAUAUUCAAUAUUGAAACGAUCAAUGGGAAAGAUAUUAGUUCACGUUCAUAUUUCAGUCAAGAAGGCGAAGUACUAUUGAUGCCUGGAACCUAUAUGACAGUGGUAUCGAAACUCAAGCCAGCACCUAAUCUUUAUAUGAUUCAAUUGAAAGAAAUAGUACCUCCUUCACCACUUCUCGAGCCGCCAUUCUAUGGUAAAGCCAAUCAUUUUUCACAUUUAGCCAUUCUCUUUCUUUUUUAG